GUAAGAUUAUGUAAAAUAAAAUAGAUAUGAGCUAUUCAAUCAACCAAUUAGAGCAGUAAGUGGCUAGGCUACUCCCUCAUGAUGUGGAGUUAGUGCUAAAGCACUCAACAUCGUUUGGUGCUUUUUCUAUAGAUUUAGAUUUAUUUAGACUCUAAAAUUGGAAUUUUAGUAUUUAAGGAAACAUCUGAUGGUUCCAGCUAAUCUUUUAAAUAUAGCACGUAAGUUCAAGAUAAAAUGAUAUAACAUUCAGCAAAUACUGUCAAAAAUGUAAAAUAAAACUUAGAGAAUAUUAUUGCCCAUGUGUCUCAAUGACUCUGUGCUCUCAGUGAGUCAUCAACUUCCAUCAAGAAUGCAAACUCAAUGAGGAAACUAAAAAGUUAGUUAAUGUCGAAGAGAUCGACCAGGUACAGAAGAGUAUCGAUACAACUUUUAAUAUCUUCUUCACAAAUCGCAAGCAUUAUGAUAUGUCUGAAAUCGACAGAUACUUUACCAUUAUCGAGGAAGAGCAUGAAAAAUGGCUAGAGCUCCAGCAAAAUGUUCAAUUGGAUAUUUUUUAUGAUAAUUAUCUAAAUUACGAUAAGUGGUUAAAAGAAUGCAUUGAAUUCUACUCAAAUCUUAAGAAAAGUGAAGCUUUUGGUGAAUUUGCUCAUCAUAUGAUCAAUCACCUCAUAAACGAUUGCUGUACUAGUCUCUACAAAGACAUAAUCAUAAAGGAAACAAAGAUUCUGAAUUUGAAGAUCCUGUGUGAUAAUAAUAGGAAGGAGAAGCUCUUUAGAGAUAGGAUUGAUAAGGCAUUUGUGGAGAAGGAUGUGUUGAUAGAGGAUAUGAAGGGGAAGCAAGAACAAAUGACUCAAGAGAUAGCCCAGCUUAAAGAGCAACUUUUAAAAAAAACCGAAGAAUUUGAAGCUUCUCAGAAACUACUCUCUGAAGAAAUCGAAAACAAGAAUAAAAUAACUCAAGAAAAGGAAGUUGCUAUUCAGGAAAAACAAGAUGAGAUCGAGACUCUAAACAAAGAAGUGAAUGAGAUUAAGCAAAAUCUUGAAAAUGUCAUUAAAGAGAAACAAGACAAAAUAACUGAAUAUGAAGGAGAAAUAAAUCAGAAAAAUACAGUUAUUGAGCAGAAUAAUGCUACAGUAAAUGAGCAUAAAGCAAGCAUUGAGAGAUUAGAGAAGGAAAUUGAAGAUCUGAAAACUCAAAUUACCCAAGCUUCUUCACAAGGAACCCCUCCAACAGAUGCUAAUGCUCCAACAGAUACAAACCCUCCAGCACAGGCAGAUAAUUCGACUGCACCACCACCAGCAGACCAAGCCGCCAACCCCCCUGCCCAAGCCUCAACCUAGUCAAGAAUUCUGCUACUAAAAUUGCUCAGUCAUUAUCCCAAAAUUC